AUGCCCGUACGACACCGCGAACUCGGCGACGAGCUCGCACCCCCGGAGCCCAAACGCUGCAGGCACUGCGACGAGAGCCGUUCGUCGUGCGGUGGAAGCAGCGGCUCGGAGGGCUCGGAGGGGCGCGCGUCGUGGCGCGUGACCCUCGACCACGACCUGGUGGAGACGCUGAGCGCGAUCUACCCCGAGUGGUUCAAGCCGCAGCACCGCCGCGAGCGCAGUCGCGCUGCCUCGCCGCUCUCGCUUGCCUCGCCGGCCUCGUCAGCCUCCCCGCCACCCUCCCCCGACAUCUUUAGUUGUUCUGGCGCGGAGGAGAUGGCCGGGCGGCAGGCGAGCAGCAGCGGCGCUAGCGAGCCAGCGAGCUCGCCGCCGCGCCUCUCGCCCCCUAAAGUGGUCGUCGACGACAGCCCCCUGCAACCGUCCAUGGGCAAACACAAGGAAUCAUUAAAAGUAAAGCUGACGAUGAGGCGUCCGCUCAACCAACUGGUAGCUCAAGGAAUAAUGCCCCCUCUCAAUACACCGGCUGCUUAUUUUGAACAAUGUAAGCAGUUAGAAAGAGCAAAAACCGGGGAUUUACUAAAAGCAAAAAUACAACGACGACCAGAUCGUCAAGAAUUAGAACGAAGGCAUAUUUUGGAACAAGAAAGUCAUGUUGAUCCAAGCUUGGCGGAAAAGCAGCGAAUGUUAAAGAAAGCACGAUUGGCCGACCAGCUAAAUGACCAGUUAUCUCAUAGGCCCGGACCUCUCGAGCUCAUAAAGAAGAAUAUUUUACAUACGGAAGAGAACAUAGAAACAGCUGUUAAGAGUGGGACAUUAGCGUUUAAAGCAACAAGUGAAGGUGCUUCGGGGCGGCCUCAGCACCCUUCAUCAUAUUGCGGGCCUCCCGACGAGGUUUCACCUUCUCCGUCGCCACCAUCAACACUAUCGCCCGCGAGCGUCGCAUCCCCACCACAGCACCCCGCACCGGGAAAGGACAAAAAUCGUAAAAAGAGUAAACAGAAACAGCAGCAGAAGUCAAGAUUGAAAUUUCACGAAUACAAGGGACCGCCGAAUGCGCAAAAGGCCUCGUCGCCGCCUGGUUCUGUGGAGACGCCGUAUGAGUUGCUCCUGCAGCAACAGCAGCUAUUGUUGCAACUCAGUUGUCCGCUACUGCUGCCGGCUUCGCCCGCGCCCUCGUCCGUCGCGUCGGACUCGUCGGACGCGUUCCCCGCUCCCCCGCCGCCCCCACCCCUACCCGCGGCCCUCCCCUCCGGCCGCUUCGAAGACAUGAAGGUGUCCGACCUUCGGGCCGAAUGCAAGCGUCGCAACUUAAGAGUGUCCGGCCCGAAGCCGCAGCUGAUCGACCGUCUGCGACCUUAUCUGACGGAGAUGCUAGAGGAGGCGCCGAAAUCGCCAGCAUCAGUUGCGUCCCCUGAAACGAGGGACUUGGAGCCGCCAGAGGAUAUAGUCCAGUCGCAACGGCGACAAAUCGAGGAGUUGGAACGGAAACUGGAAGCGUCCCGACAGCAGUUGGAGGCGGUGCGGCGGGAAGCAGCGGGAGCGGCCGCUAGUGACCAAAGCCGGCGGCUGUUGCAAGCGCAUCUCUGCGUGUCGCAACUUCGCGCACAACUUGAUGCUUUAAAACCACCCCCGCGUUAUCUCCUCGCCGACGCACCCCCCGACCGCCUCGUCCGCCUCUUCACUGUAACCCCUCCCGCCGCUACACCUGAAACAACCGACACUCAAACCAAAACCAACCCCGCUUACAUACUCAACGGCGUUAAAGUCGUCCCGAUAGCUAUCCUACCCACGCACUAUGAGCCGGAGCGCGCGGCCCCUCCCCCUCCCCCUCCUCCACCACCCAUGCCGCAGACACCCUUAUUACACGACAGCGAGGACAGCCGAAUCAUGGACGAUGUGUUGGAGAUUCUCGUGGAAAACGGCGAGUUGCCCCCGUCAGCGGUCGAAGACGUAGCAGUCGACCGGCCAAUCAAUCCCGGUUACUUAACGACCGGAUCGAACGAUUUCUCGCCUGCCGACGUUUUGAAUGACGACGUUCUGGGUGAUACACACGUACGCGAUUCACUCGCCGCCGACGAGUUGCAACGGGAGCUGAAUGAUAUACAAAAUGAAAUCAUGAACCAUGCCGACAUGCAUGCGGUGAGCAAACCGAGCCAAUGUGACAUCGACCCGACCGCGGCCGAUAUCGACCCCGAUUUGAGCGUCGAACUGCUAGCGAACAACGAUUUCCACUCAAGCUUCACGACGGAUCAAACCUCCGAUAACAACGACGACUUCUUCGGGAGGCUGCUUUCGGGCGAGUGCGACGAGAAGCCGCAAAUGGCAAUGGACAUCGUCGACGACGCGCCCGAACGUAUGAGUAUGACGCCACUGACCAACGGCGAUAUACUGGACCACAACCGCACCGGCUUCGAGGAUAUGGACGACCUGUCGCUGCCGUCCUUCCAGAACGAGGACUCGAGGCACGGCGCCUACGACGAUCGGCCCUGCGAGUUCGACCUGAAAGACUUCGAGAGCCUCGGCGGCAGUAUGAACAUGGACAGCGACGGCUACGACAUGGAUACGGAGCUGAUCCCGAACCUGUUCGGGCGCGGGCACGUGCCGCAGUGCGACCCGCUGCUGGGCGGCGUGCUGGCGCGCCCGGCGCCGCGCCCCGCCACCAAGCACUACUCGUGGGAGCGCAUCGAGUUCGACGCCACCUGA